UGUAAAGUGGAUGUGGAAUUCCUGAGCGGGCCGAGCACGCCGAAGGCCAAUUCUGUGGGCUAAGCGCGCCCGAAUAAUUGGUUCCCAUUCACCUCGCUAUAUUAUUGCUUCAUGGAAAUUCAGAGCUCGACAGCCCAUCGCUGAAAUCUAUUUCCCCUGAGACGUGUGAAGGCCUGAAGGGCAGAGCCAGAGAGCCUGCAAGGCGCGAUCGCCCACGGCCCGUUCAACGUCACGCGCUCUGACGCCAAUCCCUAGCUCCCGUUCUUCUACAUCGCCCACCUCGUUCUCCUGCCCCGAUGCACCGCCUCUCAUCACCCUCGCGAUCUCUCCUCUCCCUCAUGGCAUAUCGCCGGCGGUUUCCACCAACGCUCGCGCGGCGAGCCCUCCCACUCCUGCCGGAUCCCAGUCCACCUGUCCGCCGUAUUGGCUCCCGGACAACAAUGGAGGCGAUAGAUGGCAAGGGUGCUACAGGGGCCCCAAAGGUGGACGCCACUGGUCCUGAGGAAGAUCCAAGGAGCGAAACUGAGGAUCACACGGCUGAAUCCGUUGUCAGUGAGGAAGGAGGUUAUACUGUGCCUAAUGAACUUCCGGCAAGCAGUCACCGCGAUGGUUCUAUGUACUGGGAUAUGGAUUGGCUUUGGUGGAAAGAAGACUUUCGAAUUGUAGACCGUGACGAGAGUUGGAGGCAAUGACGUUUUCAAAUCCCACAGAUUGCAUCAUUCACGAUGGAACUUGCAUGAAGCAUUAUUCCCGCGGCAUGCUGCAAGUUUUCUCAUUGGAGCUUGCUAAAAUUCCUAUGGAUGGUGGUUCAGUAGAGCUGUAUGGAUAUGUAGCAAUACGGGAUGAUCUUGAUCCAUUACUUAAUUAUGUUGUCAAUAUUAGCAGAGACUAUCCCAUCACUGUGCAGCAGGGUUCUCUCAUCAACAUGGAUGGCCCAAAGCGAGGCAUAGAGAUGAGUGACUUUACUCUAAUUGAAUAUGAUAUGAGGAUCAAGAUAGGCGAUCACGAAAAUGAUGACCUACAACUGAUCGAUGGUGCAUCACUCAUAGGAGAUGGAGGCCUAUGGAAUCAGCCAUUCAUGCUUGACAUCCGUGGCGGAGAUGGCGCAGUUAACAUGAGUUUAUCACGUCUUUGCAGGGCAGUUGAGGCGACUAUAGAGAUUAUCAUAUUGGAAGUGCGGAGCAAUUUUAAUUUGUCUCUUGGAUGUCUAACUAGUGGGAUAGAUGAGGAUAUCCGGAUCUUCGAUGAUUCCAUCACUGAGUCACGUGUCUUAAGGAGGUUUGUGGUUGCCGCAGUGAAGGACUCUUUGAUAGAUUUGAAAUUCAAGGUGGAAGCUGUGUCAUCCGGUCCAAACCAACAUUGUUGUUCAUUCAAUGCCAAAACCCACGGGCAUGAUACUCAAGAGAUAAAGAUUGAUUUGGCUUUGAUCUCAGUAAAGGUAACUUGGUCAACCUUGCCUUGUGGCUUUCCUGCUUAAGGUUUGUCCGGACAUACUUGUGUAUGUAUGAUGAGCAGGCCAAGAGACUAAAAACCUAGGUAGUCUAGAUUCAUGGACUUGUGACGAACUUAGAUAGUAUAGUUGUUUCACAUUUUGUGUCUUCUCUCCAUUAAUGUAGUUCCAGGGGUUAGAUUAAAAACAUGGAGGAAUUUUCCAGGUGAGUACACCGUACACAUUCACUCAACUUUGGCGGAUGAGACCUGGGAAAAUGAGAGCGGAUGAUGUAC